CAUUUUUUCCAUAUACGACACACACAUUCAAAUCCAAUGGUCGAUGUUCGAUCAGGGCGACUGGCUACUCAUGUCAAGGUCGAGACUGUUUCCGACCGAGCUGGGCCAGGCCUGAGCGUAGAUGCUAUUGACGAUUGGUUGGAGAAUGAUUUGAUACAACGAGGCAUUCUAGGUUCAACUUUGCCUGUACAACAAACAGAUGUGCUGUCCGAGUCAUCUUCGAGUGUCAGCAGUCGUAAAACAACGAAACAAAGAUCGAAGCGAGAUGGGUCUGCAACAAAAGAUAUCGUCACGAAACGACAGCGAAAUACAGACGCAGCAAGACGAUCUCGAUUGCGGAAAGCACUAAAACUUCAAUCCCUGGAAAAUGAAGUGUCCGAACUUAAGGCAGAAAAUAUAACCUUGGCAGGCCAGGUUUCGUCCCUUGAAGCUAGGCAGGCUGAGUUUGCCUCCAGAGAACAAACCCUCAAGACCCGUAUACAGGAGCUCGAAUCCCAAUUACGGGGAGCCCAAGCUCGACUAAGACAAACUCAAUACAACACUAUCUGAUGCUUUUAUAAAAAAAAAGAGCUUACCAGGUCAAGCUGUUAUAUACCUAUAGCAGGAUGAAAAUUUUGUACGAACAUCAUAAGAACAUCGUUCCAAUAACAUCGUUCCAAUAUUACACAUUGGCGCAUAGGCACCCAAAAAAAAAAAAUCCCAAAUAAUGGAGUAACAAGAUAUAGGACCACCA